AUGUCGGAAUAUAAUGAAUUGUUUACCACGCGUGUGAGAAGAGAAACACGAAAGAUUCACUCUGUGAGUGAUGCAUUGGUCAAUGCGAAAUUUGCUUUGUCUUUGAGAGAUGAAACCGUUUGGUGUGGAGGUUUAUUUGCUUUUUACCAUAUCUUUGCAUUUUUAGAGGAUUUUAAAGAAAGGGUUCAUAAGCCAAUGUACAAUAAAUUAUUUGUUAGUAGAGUUUUAUACAGAAAAAAGGCAUUUGAGGAAGACCUAACACAUUACUUAGGAGAGGAUUGGCGAUCCGCUGAAAAAUCACCUGCGUUACAAAAUUAUUUGGAUCACCUGCAGUUUCUUGAAAACAAUAAGUCAAUUCUACUCAUGGCAUAUGUGUAUCAUUUAUAUUUGGGUCUGCUUAGUGGUGGUCAGAUACUUGCUAAGAAGAGAAGAAUGUUCUUUAACAAAAACGCCUCCGAUCAGCAUGUGUAUGUAGAUAAAGUAACAGAUUUUGGCAAUGCAGAUAUUGGAAAACUGAAAAAAGAUUUACAUUACGCAAUGAAUGAGGUAGCAGAACUCAUGACUGAUUCUGAAAAAUUAUCUUUCAUAGAGGAAAGCCACGAAGUGUUCCUGAGGAAUAAUUCAAUAGUCAAAUCUAUUGGAGGACAAGAUAAAGUCAUAUAUAAUAUGUUGUACAAGACAUUUGCAGUACUCUUGUUUGGCGUUGGAGCCAUUUUCGCCUAUAAAAUGUACAAGUAA